CGUACAGUAGCCGUGCAGCUAAGCUUUCCGUUCUUCUCAGGCAGUCUGUGCGCGCGCCUCUCUCUCUCGCCCUGUGGAAAAAAAACAUAUUUUUAAAAAAAUAAACUUUUUGUGGUUUUUUGGUGGAUCAGACAAUAUAUCAUAUAGCAUUUUAUUUUACAUGAUGUCGGAGCCGCGGUACCGCGAGUGGAUUCUGGACACUAUAGACUCGCUGAGGUCGAGAAAAGCGCGUCCGGACCUGGAGCGGAUUUGCCGGAUGGUCCGCCGGAGGCACGGGUCUGAGCCGGACCGGACGUGCUUGGAGCUGGAGAGACUCAUCCAGGAGCACGCGGUGCUCAAAGUGAACUACAAGGGCUCGGUGUCGUACCGCAACGCGGCCAAAGUGCAGCGCGGCAGGCGGAGGAGCGAGCAGGCGGCCGGCAAGAAGUCCUCCAUCUCCUCCUCCUCCUCCUCCAUCUCUUCUUCCUCCAUAGCGACGAACAACAAGCCGCGGGUUUCACCGGCCGAGCUGAACAGCAGCGACAGCGCGCAGGGUCCCGCCGACGACGACCCGAUGGAGGACAUGGAAGACGAGCUGUCCACCACGGCCGGCAUGGACAGCAGCAUGGACGAGGAGGAGGCCAGUCUGGACGCUCCCUGCAUGCAGAUACAGAGCGCUGCCGACUCGGGCAUCAGCCUGAGUCCUGUCAUUACAGACCCCGAGGCGGAGACGACCAGAGCCUCGUCCACGUCCUCCAAGAACGGCUCUUCAUGCCACAGCACCCCAGAGAAGGACCGAGACGCCGCUCGAGUUUCUCCUGAACACACACAGCCUGCGGUCCAACAAGACACGGGCUCCCCGGAGCUGGAAGCGGUGCUGCAGCCGGCAGCCAUCUGUCCCUCGGCCCAGCGGAGCGCGCUGACGCGGGAGGAGGAGCCGAGGGCCGGCGAGAGCGCGCUCACUCCUGAUCAGCUGCUGUCCGGCUGCACGGCGUCGCCGCACCAGGACGAGGCAGUGGGAUCAGACCCGCUCGAGGAGGGCAAGAAGUGCAAUAACGUGGAUGACGUUUCUCACUCACAAGGAACAGAAACAGUCGAGGAUGGAGGGAUGAAGAAAGGAGGGUUGUUUAACGUGGAGGAGAUGGUACAGGACCUUUUGCAGUGGAGCGUGGCGGACGUAGUGAGCUACUUCACCGCUGUGGGGUUUCCUGAGCAAGCUCUGGCUUUCAGAACGCAGGAAAUCGACGGGAAGUCCUUGCUCUUGAUGCAGCGCAGCGACGUGUUGACAGGCCUGUCGAUCAGACUCGGCCCCGCCCUCAAGAUAUAUGAGCAUCAUGUCAAAGUGCUGCAGAGGAGCCACUUUCAGGAGCACAGCGACGUUUUCUCUUAACCUCGUACCGCCUCAGAGACUGACACGAAGCCGCAGAGCCGAGCGAGGCCGCGGCGUGGGGAGAGAAAGGACUCGGCACGCUCAGCGUUUCCCCCACCCCGCUCGACCGGAUCCCUCUUCUCUCCGCUUUCUCUGCUCCUCCUCCUGUUCCAGCUCGCAGGAUGAACCAACACCACUAAGCUGGAGCAGUUCUCCGUCAAAUCUCUCAGACACGCAGGGAGGGGAGGGGAAGGACGGCUUUUCAUUCAUCAGUAUUGUUUUUUUUGUUUGUUUUUUUUCCUUAUGAUUUAUACAAUGAUCUCAGUAAUAUAUUUUUGCUUUACGAUAUUAUAUCUGACAUUUCCUCAUUAAUUUUAAUAUGUAAAUCAGCCAGAUGUAGAAAUAAUAAUGUGGAUAUGCAAA